CCUUGAUAACUAACUAGCAAAACACAACAUGAAGUACAUUAUAGAACAUAUGGAGGAAGGAUUCUCCGAAUGGGUGAUCUUGGAAUACACCCAGAUCAUCCGCGAGGUGGGAAAGGAAAACCUUGUGCUUACAUCGUUGCCCGCAGGAACCACCGAGAAGGACAUCCCAUCACGUCUCUUGGACUUGGGACUCCAGUGGACCACCAAGGAGUGUGUGGAGAUCGACGCGGGAAAGCUCGAGACCAGCCGGGUGUGUCUCUUGGACCCUGCUGCAGAGGUGGACUUGGUUCCGGAAGACGGCGCCAAGUUUGAUUACUUUGUGUUUGGAGGGAUUUUGGGAUCACAUCCAAGAAUCGAUAGAACCGGGAUCUUGAGAGAAAAGUAUGGGUUUGCCGGGAGAAGAUUGGGCCGGUUGCAGAUGACCACCGACACCGCGAUCCGGACAACCCAGAGAAUCGUCGAGGACCAGAAAAAGUUUGAAGACAUCAAGUUUUUGGACUACCCAGAGAUCAGAUACAAUCAGUAUGAGUCCACUGAAAUGCCGUUCAGAUACAUUGUGGACGGCAAGGGCGACCCUAUUUUGCCCGAGGGGAUGUUGGAGCUCAUCAAGAACGACGCCGAGCAGAGCAUAGACGAUUUGUUGAUUGAGUAGAGUAGUGAGAUAGAAUGAUAUUGUGCGAUAGACCUGACGAGUGUGUAGGAUGGUGGGAAGG